GUGUAAAGCGAGCGAACACCGGGCGGCGAACCAGAGCUGUCAGCUGUAUGCAAGAGACCUCUGCCGAGAGUACCAACCAGCUCGACAGAGACACCCGGAAGGCACGAAAGUCAAUUUGAGAGGGCAGCAUGAACCGCUUUAAGACCUCCAAAUUCAAAAACACCACUCCGAAAAUUGCCAAGAAAGACGAAUGGAUCAGCAAUGUUCGCGCUGGAUCCUUCUCCUGCCAGGGGAACCACAUCAAAGCGAGCUCCAAGCUGGUGGCUUUCAACACUGAGCAGGCUGGCGGAGGUAUGCUGGGCCUGUCCUCCGUCAGCCCCGGUUCAAAUGGACAAUGGACUGUCACCCACAUUUCUUGCCAUUCAGAUCUGGUGACUGAUAUGGACUUUUCUCCUUUUGAUGACAGUCUUCUGGUCACAUGCUCUGGAGAUGAAACGGUGAAGCUGUGGCGUUUGCUCGACCCCGAGCAGGAGCAGCCCGGCGGCCCCGAGCUGACGCUGCGUCCGGACCAGGGCAGACUGGAGCUGGUCCACUUCCACCCCACCUCCUCCGGCCUGCUUGCAGUCGGCACCGCUAAGCGUCCUCUGGUUUGGGACACCAGUCGCCAGGAGAAGCCGCUGGCAGUUCUGGAGCAGCACGGUGACCAGCUGCAGAGUCUGAGUUGGAAACGGGACGGUUCCCUGUUGGCUUCCUCCUGCAAGGACAAGAUGCUGCGAGUGUUUGAUCCCAGAGCCCAGCUGACACCUGUUCAGAGUGCCAAGAGCCUUCAGACCAACAAGGAUUCGCGCAUCCUGUGGGCCAAGGAUGACUUUUUACUGACCACCGGCUUUGACACGAUGCGCAGUCGUGAGGUGAGGCUUUGGGACAGCAGGAAGCUGAGCUCUUCGGUCAGCUCGGCGUCCCUCGGCACAUCCAACGGGAUGCUGAUUCCUCUGUUUGAUGAAGACACUGGUCUGCUCUUUCUGGCUGGCAUGGGAGACACGGCGAUCGACUGCUUUGAAGUAUCAUCCUCUGAUCCGUUCCUCUCUCAAGUGAGCCACUGUCUGACGGACAACUCGACGCGAGGGGUUGCCAUGGUGCCCAAGCUGGCGUUGGAUGUCAUGUCCUGCGAAGUGAUGCGAGUGCUUCAGCUGACGGACAGCUGCAUUGUGCCGAUCAGCUAUCAGGUCCCUCGCAAGAGUUCGGGCCAGGAGUUUCAUGAUGACCUUUACCCAGAUACGGCGGGCGCCACUCCAGCCAUGUCUGCUGCAGAGUGGGAACAGGGGGGCAACAAGCAGGUGGAGAAAGUCAGCCUCAACCCUGACAAACGCCCCAAAUCGAAGGCUCCAGCGAAGCAGGCACCUGUGAAGAAGGAAGUGGCCAGUGGAGGGAGUAAGGAGGAUCAGGCUCGUGGCGUCUCCACUUCCAGCAGUACUUCCAGCACCCCCACCAGCAGCAGCGCCGCCCCCUCCCGCUCUCCCUCCUCCACCUCGGGCCUCUCCUCGGGCUUCCUCCCCAGCCCCAGCCCCAACCAGAGCGCCAAGACUAUCCAGAGCCUGCUGGGCCCAACUUCCAAGUUCCGUCACAUCCAGGGUGCGGUCAUGCACCGGGACACGCACAUCACCAACAUCCACGGCCUCAACCUGACCACGCCGGGCGAGUGUGACGGCUUCUGCGUCAACAGCCAACGCGUGGCGGUUCCUCUCGCCAUUGCUGGGGGCCAGAUCGCCAUAUUCGAGCGCUCUCAGCCCGGAAGGGUCCCAGACACGGGCCUGCCCACCAUCCAGAACUCGGUGAACGUGGCCGACUUUUCCUGGGAUCCCUUUGACCCGCACCGACUCGCCGUGGCCGGCGACGAUGCUAAGAUCCGGAUUUGGCGGGUACCAAAGGGAGGGCUGAAAGAGAUCUUAACCGAGCCGGAGCUCAUUUUACAAGGCCACACAGAGAAGAUCUACUCCAUCAAGUUCCACCCUCUGGCCAGUGGACUCCUGGUGUCUUCCUCGUACGAUCUCACCGUCAGGCUGUGGAGCAUCGAGACCGGAGAAGAGGUCAAACUUCUCACCGGACACGAGGACCAGGUGUUUGGCAUGGCCUGGAGCCCAGAUGGCAAGCUGCUAGCCACGGUGUGCAAGGAUGGGAAAGUUCGCAUCUAUGACCCUCGCAAGUCCACCGCGCCCGUGCAGGAGGGCCCAGGUCCUGAGGGCCACAGGGGAGCUCGUGUGGUGUGGGUGUGCGAUGGCAAGUACCUGCUGGUGUCCGGAUUUGACAGUCGCAGCGAGAGAGAGCUCUACCUCUACUCCGCUGACUCCCUGUCCUCUGGGGCCGUGACCAGCACUCCCGUCAACGUCUCCCCCUCCACGCUCAUCCCCUUCUACGACCCCGACACCAGCGUCGUCAUCCUCACCGGAAAAGGCGACACCAGAGUGUACGUUUACGAGGUGGUCCCUGAAGAACCGUACUUCGUCGAAUGCAGCAGCUUCAACUCUCCUGAGCCUCACAAGGGACUGGCCUUCCUGCCCAAGACGGAGUGCAACGUGCGAGACGUGGAGAUAGCCAUGGGGCUGAUGCUCACCAAAACGACCGUAGAGCCGGUGGUCUUCAGGGUGCCGCGUGUCAAGAAAGAGUUUUUCCAGGACGACGUGUACCCAGACACAACGGUGUGGUGGGAGCCAGCGCUGACGGCCUCCGCCUGGCUCUCCGGCUCCAACGGCCAACACAAAAAGAUGAGCCUGAAGCCUAAAGACAUGACACCAGUGAGUGAGGCCCCCAAAGAGGCUCCGGUGAGGAAAUACCUGCCCUCGUCCGUUUACCUGGAGGAGAAGACGGACGAACAGAAGAAAGAGGAGCUGCUGAGUGCCAUGGUGUCAAAGCUGGGGAACAUGGAUGACCCGCUGCCACAGGAGUCCUUCGAGGGGGUUGACGAAGAUGAGUGGGACGACUGAAGGGGGCGCUGCCUCUGGUUCAGCCACGGUGCCAACAGCGGAGAGGAGACAACAGCUCAAAUGUUACGUUGCCAUUCGUGUGUGUGUUUGUGUGUGUGUGCCUGUGCGUGUGCGCACGCGCGACUCUGCCUCUUCCGAGCUCUGUCAGCGAACAUCUCAACCCACCGAACGCAAAAAAAAACAAAAACAAAAGAAUACUGCACAAUGUGAAAAAAAACAAAAUCACAACAAUCUUCUGUUAAGACCUCCUGGCUUUUAGUACUGUACGUAUGGAGACACAAUCAAAUGUCUCUUCUGUUUGAUUAUAUCAUGCAAUUUGAGUAUUUACAAAUGUCAUUCUGGGAUAAAACUGUCUUAGUAGAUGCUCUGUUAGAAAUUAAAUUAGUGGUUGUUAAUUUAAGGGAAGGAUGAUCAUUAAGACCCUGCAGGCAAUCACAGCAAUAAUAUUUCUGCUUAAUUCUACAUUACUGGUUAACUCAUAACAGACCUAACCUCGGGUUACAUUCCCAGCAAACGGUUUAAGAUUAGCUUGUUUUUUUUGUGGUGUUGCUGUGAUUUGAGCAUGAUCAUCUGCCAAGCUGUUUUGCCGUGUGCACAUUUACCUCCACAGUGGACCACUGCUUGCAUUUUGUACCGGCCAGUAAUACGAGCAUGCUCAGUCACGAUGUGUCUUUUGGGAAAUGUAGAAGAAGAGAAUCAUGCAGCUGUUUAUAAAAGAAGAAGAAGAAAAAAAACAACACAACAUGUCUUCCUGUUCGGUCAGGUGAAACACAUACACUAUAACUUCAGCAGCAAAAAAAUAAAUAAAUGAACACACAAAGGGAACAACAGGGUCACCAGUGUUCAUGUUUGACCAUGAACUGGAAUUUCUAAUAACAACAACUUUAAGUUCACUUGUUUUGUUUUUGCCAAUAUUAGCCAACUUUUCACAUGAUCAUGUGUAAUUUUAUACCAGUUAGAUUCAAUUUUGCCGUAGGUCUUAUCAGUAGGAGUUCACAGAUUAAUAAAACUAAAAUGUUUUCUUGCAUUUGAAGCCAAACCUCCUCCUCCUUAAUUUUUUUAUUAUUAUUAUUAUUAUUAGAGGGGCCUUAGUAUACUUUUUUUUUUUUUUUUCAUUUUCUGGGCACUGACAAUAAUAUAUGUUGGUGUUCUGCCUGUUUAAGGGAUCUUCCAAGUUUUAACUAGUAUUUAGUGUUCAUGGUGUCACUUUGACAACAGUCCAGUAUUAUUAAUAUCUUCCAAUGCAAAAAUAACAGCCAUCUCUUAUCAGGGCUACAGCGAUAUCAUCAGAUGUGCUGAGCCGGUGACCGUCGGGUGUCAGGGUUUAUGGGAUGUUUACUGUAUGUGCUUGUGAUUCUCCAAGGCCAUACUUUGUAAUUUUUAAACUGGAUUGACUCGCCUUCCAUUGUGUUGAAAAAUAAAAAUAACUCUGUCUUUAUACUGUAGAGGGAUUAAAGCGUUAUUGUUUUGUUCCUGUCUCACUUGGAGUAAUGAUUUGUGGAUUUUUUUUCGAUAUUGUCUUGCAAUAAACACAUUUGUAACCCA